AUGACUACCAUUUACACCGAUCAACACAAGUUCUUCAAAUACGAUGAAGAUUCCGGCGACCCUUACUCUUCCGACCAUUUUCGCAUGUACGAGUUUAAAAUCCGAAUGUGUACUCGUAGCCGUAGCCAUGAUUGGACAGAUUGCCCAUUUGCUCAUCCAGGAGAAAAGGCUCGCCGGAGAGAUCCCCGGCGAUAUCAUUACUCUUCUACCGUUUGUGCUGAUUUCCGGCGAGGAAGUUGUAACAUGGGAGAUAACUGUGAGUUCUCACAUGGGGUUUUUGAAUCAUGGCUUCAUCCAGCUCGUUAUAGAACAGAGGUUUGUAAAGAUGGGAAGAAUUGUAAUCGAAAGAUUUGUUUUUUUGCUCACAUUCCUCGGCAGCUUCGUAACAUAAUUAACCAUUGUUGUAACUGUUUGAUGUCUUCUCCAACAUCAACUUUAAUGGGGAUUUGUAAUUUCUCUGUUUCUCAUCCUUUUGAUGGUGUUUCAAAGAUGUCACAUUUCAUCGAACAUGUUGUAGGCAAUGGAGAAGAUGAUUCUGAGAUGAGAGAUUUGGUGGAUAUGGGAAUACUGGAUUGUCCUGAUCUUGGUUGGGUUGAUGAUCUUCUCGAAUGA